AUGGCGGUCGCAGCGCUGUUCCGGGGCGCGGCUCCAGGGUGUGGCGGACCUGCCUGGCUCUGGCGCCUGCGCGCGACCUCAGGGCACCGCCGGGCCUCUGGCUCGAGCGGCCACGGCGGCGACCCCGCUGACGGCGCGGCCUGGGCCUGCUUCCCGCUGGGCCAACGCGCCCUGGUGCGCGUGCGCGGGCCGGACUCGGCCCCUUUCCUCCUGGGGCUGCUGACCAAUGACCUGCCGCUUCCGGUUCCUGCGGACGGUGCCGCCUCGCCUCCCGCGCGUGCGGGCUACGCCCACUUUCUCAACGUCCAGGGGCGCACGCUGUAUGACGUCAUUCUCUAUGGGCUCCCGGAGCACACUGACCCCGCUCCCGCCUUCCUCCUGGAGUGUGACAGCUCGGUGCUGGGCGCGCUGCAGAAGCACCUGGUGCUGCACAAGAUCCGGCGGAAGGUCACGGUGGAGCCAUGCCCUGAGCUGCACGUGUGGGCCGUCCUGCCGGCCGCUCCUCAGGAGGUGGGUGGGGCUGCGCCACUGCCCGAGCACCAGAGCUCUGCCAUCCUCGCCCGGGACCCCCGCACCACCCGCAUGGGCUGGCGGCUUCUCACCCAGGACAAGAGCCCCGCCCCGGUGGCCGGGGGCAGGCUCAGGGACGUCUGCGACUACCACCGGCACCGGUACCAGCAAGGUGUCCCUGAGGGGGUCCACGAUCUGCCCCCAGGAGUGGCCCUGCCGCUGGAGUCCAACCUGGUCUUCAUGAACGGAGUCAGCUUCACCAAAGGCUGCUAUGUGGGCCAGGAGCUGACAGCCCGCACCCACCACACGGGGGUCAUCCGGAAGCGCCUCUUCCCUGUGCAGCUCUCGGGCCCCCUCCCCGGGGGCGGCCUCCCCCCCGGCACCACGGUGCUCACUGAAUCUGGACAGGAGGCCGGCAAGUACCGGGCGGGCCAGGGGGAUGUGGGGCUGGCCCUGCUGCACUCGGAGAAAAUCAAGGGCCCGCUCCACGUCAGUACCACGGGGAACGGCCGCGUGGCCCUGACUGCAUCUGUGCCGGACUGGUGGCCCACAGCCUCCAAGUAG